CGCCCUGUGGUUGGGUGUUGGUGUCAGUGUCAGUGGUGAGAGACAGAGAUAUGGCUAAACGGAGUUCUUUGUUCAUUCGUAUCGUUGAAGGAAAAAAUUUACCAUCGAAAGACCUAACAGGACAGAGUGACCCGUACUGCAUUGUGAGGAUCGAUAAUGAAACCAUCAUCAGAACCGCAACGAUCUGGAAAAGCUUGUCACCUUUCUGGGGUGAGGAGUACAAUGUCCAUCUUCCCAGCACCUUCCACUCCAUCUCCUUCUACGUGAUGGAUGAAGAUGCCAUCAGCCGUGACGAUAUGAUCGGAAAAGUUUCCAUUACUAAGGACGUCCUUACUGCCAGCCCACAAGGUGUAGACAGUUGGUUGUGCCUGAGUGAGAUUGACCCAGAUGAGGAAGUUCAAGGGGAGAUCCAUCUGCAGAUAGAGAUCUGUGGUGAAGCCUCCACCCGAAAACUGCGAUGCCAUGUGUUUGAAGCAAGAGACCUGGCUCGAAAAGACCUGAAUGGAGCCUCAGACCCCUUUGUGAAAGUUCGUUACAACGGCAAGACCGAGGAGAGUGUGGUGGUGAAAAAGUCUUGCUACCCACGCUGGAACGAGGUGUUUGAGUUUGACCUGGGCAACACAACGUCAGAGAACACACUGUACAUCGAGGUGUGGGACUGGGAUAUGGUUGGCAAAAAUGAUUUUUUGGGAAAGGUGGCGUUCAACAUUAACAAGCUGCUGGCCAUACAGCAGAAAGAAGGCUGGUUCCUCCUCCGACCUGACAAGGCACAAAGGAGCAAGACAGAGGGGAACCUGGGCUCACUGAGGCUGCAGCUGAGACUCCGAGAUGAGAGUGUUCUUCCUUCCAGAUACUACCAACCUCUCGUUGAGCUGCUCCUUCACUCAGUCAAUGAUGCCAGCAACGGUGAAAGUGGACACUUGCUGACGCUCAUUGAUGAGGCCAUGACAGCUGAAAACAGGCAAGAGGUGGCAACCAACAUGGUGAAGCUGUUCCUGGGGCGAGGGCAGGCCAACAAAUUCUUAGACGCUGUGAUUAAAUUGGAACUGGACAGAACAAGUGAACCAAACACAAUAUUUCGUAAUAAUUCCUUGGCCUCCAAAUCCAUGGAAUGUUUUUUGAAGGUGACCGGGAUGCAGUACUUACACAGUAUUCUGGGACCAACCAUAAACCGGGUGUUUGAAGAGAAGAAAUAUGUGGAGCUGGACCCAAACAAAGUGGAAUUCAGGGAAGCGGGGUGCUCAGGGCUCCAUCGAUAUCAAACAGAAGCCGAGGUGAUCCAGCAGAGCACGCAGUGGGUGCAGUCCUACCUGGUAGAACUGAUUGAGGCCAUCGUCAAGUCAGUGGAGCAAUGUCCAGGCAUCAUCAGGAUCACCUUCAGGAAACUCUUUAAGCGUGUGGAGGAGCGUUUCCCUCAGGACCAGUACAAGAACAUCAAGUACGUGGCUGUGACCAGCUUUCUGUGCCUGCGCUUCUUCUCGCCCGCCAUCAUGUCUCCCAAACUCUUCUAUCUGCGAGACAAACACGCUGACGCUCGCACCAGCAGGACUCUGCUGCUCCUCGCCAAGGUAAUCCAGAGGAUCGGGAACAUGGAGGCCCAAGCUGGUGGGGGGAAGGAGACCUGGAUGGCUCCCCUCCAGCCCCACAUCAUCCAAGGCGUCUCAGUCUUCAAAGACUUCAUCGUCAAGCUCAUUGAUAUUGAGGACAAUGAAGUCCUGGAAUGCCAGAACCGUGUCUCCCUGCAGACCACUUCAACGAUUAAAGAAGGAUAUUUAUUGAUGCACACAUCGAAAGAGAGAGGAAUACUCACCUCCUCUCACUUCAAAAAGCAUCACUUCUGUCUAACCCCUGAAGCCCUCUACCAUUCCAAGAUGCCAAAUGCAAAGAAAGGAGCGUCUAUCCCACUGGAGAAGAUCAGAGCGGUGGAGAAAGUGGAUGAGAAAUGCUUUGGCAGCCCCUAUGUCAUGCAGAUCAUUUCCACCAACGACACAGAAGAGUUUGAGAUCAUGUAUUUGCAGUGCAAGAACGUGAACGAACUGAAUCAGUGGCUGUCGUCAGUGAGAAAGUAUUGUGUGAGCAAUGAGCAGAUGAUGAAUUCCUAUCACCCCAGCGUGUUCAAAGGGGAGAAGUGGAGCUGCUGCCACCAAAAGGAGAAAGCAGCUCCUGGAUGUGACAAAACCCACUUUGGUGUAACGCUGCAGGAGUGGAAUGACCCUCUGAAUCCGGAUUUGGAAUCCCAUUUGAUCUACAGACAACUGCUCGCAGCCCAGGGCUUGUUACGUGGAAAAUAUAUGGAAUACAAAGGAGAGAGCAAUGAUCCUGGCCCAGAGAGUGCACACAAAGGUGUGGAGGAGGAGGAGAAGGAGGAUGACAGUGUGAACAGGCUGUUCCCUGUGAUCCACGACUUGGAACAAGCUCAUCGGUUAUUCGAGAAGUGGGAGAAAUUCAAGGAUAAGAACUUCUCGCUGGAGCUGCUCGCAUAACCGUGGCCUCGUGACUCGCCUUCUCCCUGACGGCCAGUGUUCCCAUCGAACAUUUGAAAAACAAGUGAAGGAUCCUCGAGCGACAAUGUGCUGUCCUCUGUGGCGUCGUUGUGUUCCUUUGUUCCAGGUUUUGGCACAAGUCGUCAUUCCCCAACCGUGUCGAUCAUAGAAUCUUACAGCACAGAAGGCGGCCAUUCGGCCCUUCGUGCCUGUGCCAUUUUAAUUUCAUUUUAGGAGUGAAAUCAGGAGGCAGUUUUUCAUCCAAAGGAAAUCUGGAUUUCUCUUCCCCCACACCCCCCCCCCACCAAAAGGGCUGUGGAUUAUGGCUGGAUCCAUUCACAUC